AUGUCUCUUAAAACAGUUGUUGUCGUGGGUGCUACUGGCUUACAGGGAGGGUCUGUUGUUGAAGAAUUUCUCAAGUACCCCAACGAGUAUCGUAUCAAAGGUCUCACGCGUGAUGUCUCCAAGCCCGCUGCUUUGCAACUCUCUGCAAAAGGGGUGGAUGUCCAAGCUGCAGACCUCAACGACGGCCCCGAGGCACUGGAAAAGAUCUUUGCCGGAGCUAGCAUCGUCUUUGCCCUGACUGAUUUCUGGGCUUCGAGAUCCAAAGUCGUUGAGAUCGCCCAGGGUAAGGCUUUGGCCGAUGCUGCUGCCAAGAUCCCGACGCUGGAGCAUUUCGUUUGGAGCGCCCUCCCUGAUCCAAUGGAGCUUUCUCAGGGAAGAUUCUACCAUGUCCAUCAUUGGAAGAGCAAGGCGGACGUGACUGAGUACAUCAAGGAGCAGAAGCCCGAUCUUUGGAAGAAGACGACGACGAUUCUGUUCCCCAACUACUUUGAGAACUGCUUGACUGACCCUCGGGGGUAUUUGCCGCAAAAGAGACAUAGAAGACAGAAGCUAAACGAUUCUCGUAUCAAGAUUUCUGGAAAGCUUGUGCGCGAGUUUCCAGUCGGCCCUGGCACACUCUUGCCAAACGUAGCCAUCACCGAUACGGGUAAACUUGUCCGUACGGUUGUGAAGAACCCAAAGACCUACUUUGAGAAGUCAAUUGCGUUUUAUGCCCAGGGUAUAUCGGAGGGCGAAAAGCUUGUCACCUUGGCAAAGGAAAUUGGAAUUCCAUUCGAGUACCGGAAAUCAACUCCAGAGCAGUUCCAGAAACGGCUGGAGAGUGUCGGCCUGUCGCCCGAGUCGGCUCUGGACUUUACGGAGCAGCUUUUGAUUUUCGAGUAUUUUGGGCAGAUUUACGCAAGCCAUGAUUUCAUUCAAGCACAUGAGAUUCCCGGUCUAUCGUUGAAGACGUGGGAGGAGUUUGUCCUUGAGAACAAGGAGGAGUUGAUAGCCAAGAUUGAAUCAGGCGAGAAUCCUUCUGCAUGGGUUCAUUAA